UGGACGCAGUCAGGCACAUGUGUUGUGUGAUUGUGCAGAGCAGCCUAACAGUAAGUUAGUGUGUCGUGGCUUAAGCUUGGGUGUCAUGAUAAAUCAUUAUAGUUGUAGGCUUUCGCUUUCAGGUUACCUCCAGGGAGAAGUGCCUAAAGCGGUUGGCUUGCAGUGGGUUAAGUGAUACAAGUGCGGUUUUAUACGAGAAACGAAGAACUAUGGCAGCCGUUAAUAAGGACGACAGAUUGACAGGGUGUCAAAGUUGCCUGUGCGUCGGUUUUGCUGGGAUUUUCAGCAAAAGCGUUACAUCCCCACUCGAGGUCGUCAAAAUCUUGAGUCAAGUGGGCACGUACCACUGCAAACGAGGCUUUCUUCACAGUUUUCUUCUACUUUACCGAAAUGAAGGCGGGCGGUCAUUUUGGAAGGGAAAUUCCACUUCCUGCCUGCGACUGUUCCCGUACAGUGCCAUACAUUUGGCAACUUACAGAAAGAUUGUCCACAUCCAUAUGGAUGAGCUUGGUCAUAUCACACAGUGGAGAGCCAUAGUGGCUGGGGGCUUAGCAGGUAUAAUUGCUGCUCUGGUUACGUAUCCCUUGGAGGUGAUUGAAACCAGACUGGUUGCCCAGAACUGUAGAGAGUCCAAAUACAAGGGGUUGCUGCAUGCUUUUUCCAACAUCUAUCGAACCGAGGGCUUUCUGACUCUCUACAGAGGCUUCUCCCUCUCGGUCUUAGGUGCCGUGCCCUUCUCAGUUGGCUGCUGUGUCGUCUACGUGAACCUGGACAAGCUGUGGCAGGAGCAGCAUUCUCGCUUUACCUCUAUGCAGAACUUCAUCAAUGGCUGCCUUGCUGCAGGCGUUGCUCAAACUCUGUCCUUCCCUUUUGAGACUGUUAAAAGGAAAAUGCAGGCACAGAGUUCUUUUCUACCACAUUACGGAGGCGUGGAUGUCCACUUUACCGGGAUGAUAAGCUGCUUCAAACAGGUCAUCAAAACCAAGGGUGUCUUAUCUCUCUGGAGUGGUAUUACAGCCAAUACAGUCAAGAUUGUCCCUUACUAUGGCCUACUCUUCAGUUGCUUUGAAAUGUGUAAACAAAUCUGUCUUUACCAAAACGGCUAUAUCGUCUCGCCGUUGAGUUACAAGCCCAAACCUGGAGUAGACCAGAGCCUUGGCCCACAAGAACUGCAGGAGUUCAGGCGUUAUCUGAGACACAGGAACUUACAGACACAGAAUUCAACCAUGAGAAAUCGGUGGUAAACAGGUGUGAUGGGCACUGGACUUGCAGGAUGGCAAUGCAAGGAAAUAAGGAUAAAUUGGAAUUUCCAAAUCACUUCUUUUGAUACUUUGUGUUACUUAUGGAUUCUGAUGAAAAAUGCACUGUUGCACGUGUAUUGUGCACUUAGUUUUCUUGGUUAUUGCACACUUUAAUUUCCACAUUGCCCCGUGGACUUCAUUGUUUCUGAAUUGUAUUAAGAACAUGUCCACUGGAAGUGAUGGAUAAUAUUUGUCCCAUAGAGUGACUUCCACUGUAUGGUUUGAGCUGAAUGCAUUUUUCAGAUGUUCACAACAAUUUGCACUGAAAAGUGUUCCAUGUGGGUACCCUGGAUUGGGUAAGUGGACCUUUUCCUUUGGGGAUCUUGCAUUAUAUGUUAUUGUUUCUGGUGUACUGGUAGCAGUCAUGUUGACUGCAAACAGCAGAAAUAUUACAUUAUUUUUUCCUCAGCUAUCUAAUCUCAUAUUUACCAUUUUUAAAUUGGAAAGUGCAAUAUGCCUUAUGUUUCACUUUUCUGUGAAGUAUGCAAACCCUUGUAAACUUUUCUAAUUUGGACUAAUUUGGAUCACUUUCUAUAGAAAAAGUAAUAAACAAACACCUUCAAUGAA